GGGCUCGUGAGAGGGCAGAAGGUGUUGGACUCCGGAGCACCCAUCCGCAUCCCCGUGGGCCCUGAGACCCUGGGCAGGAUCAUGAACGUCAUCGGGGAGCCCAUCGAUGAGAGGGGUCCCAUCACCACCAAGCAGUUUGCUGCUAUUCAUGCUGAGGCCCCUGAGUUUGUGGAGAUGAGCGUGGAGCAGGAGAUCCUGGUGACCGGGAUCAAGGUCGUGGACCUGCUGGCUCCCUAUGCCAAGGGUGGCAAGAUUGGUUUGUUUGGAGGUGCUGGUGUCGGCAAGACUGUGCUGAUCAUGGAGCUGAUCAACAAUGUGGCCAAGGCCCACGGUGGUUACUCAGUGUUUGCGGGUGUGGGCGAGCGAACCCGCGAGGGCAAUGACUUGUACCACGAGAUGAUCGAGUCUGGGGUCAUCAACCUCAAAGAUGCCACCUCCAAGGUUGCGCUGGUCUAUGGGCAAAUGAACGAGCCCCCAGGUGCCCGGGCCAGGGUGGCCCUGACGGGGCUGACUGUGGCCGAGUACUUCAGGGACCAGGAGGGUCAGGACGUGCUGCUGUUCAUCGACAACAUUUUCCGCUUCACCCAGGCUGGCUCUGAGGUGUCUGCUCUGCUGGGCAGAAUCCCCUCAGCCGUGGGUUACCAACCCACACUGGCCACCGACAUGGGUACCAUGCAGGAGCGGAUCACCACCACACGCAAGGGCUCCAUCACUUCGGUGCAGGUGCUGUCCCGUGCCAUCGCUGAGCUGGGCAUCUACCCGGCCGUGGACCCCCUGGACUCCACCUCCCGCAUCAUGGACCCCAACAUCGUGGGCGCUGAGCACUACGACGUGGCUCGAGGCGUCCAGAAGAUCCUGCAGGACUACAAGUCGCUGCAGGACAUCAUUGCCAUC